ACACCAGUAGAGUGCGUAAAACAACCUAAUGUGCUAGACCUGUUAUGAGUGGCUGGUUCGGUUAUUCGGGGUUGAACGACUGCGCGGUGUGUCACGUGACGGCAUCUGCUGCUGGCUGAGUGAAGCGUGUUAGCAGGUAAAGAAAGAAAAAGAUUUUUCUAUUUUGUACAUACAUUGUUUUGUAUAUACUGUAUAUGAUGACUUCAGUGGUCAGCAAUCCACCUCGAGGAACUCGAGACAGAGCGCUGCCCACCACCACACAAACCACACAGCCACAAAAACAGAUACAGGCCACAGCGGAACAGAUUCGGCUUGCCCAGAUGAUCUACGACAAAAAUGAUGCCGACUUUGAGGAUAAGGUCAAACAACUGAUUGAGGUGACUGGGAAGACCCAAGAUGAGUGUAUGGUGGCCCUCCAUGACUGCAACGAGGAUGUCAACAGAGCCAUCAAUUUCCUGCUGGAAAGCACCUCUGACACGACCUCCUGGGAGACAGUUGGGAAAAAGGCGCGAGGCCCCGGGAAGGAGGGAGGACCCUCUGAGAUGAAGGACAACCGAGAGAAGAGGGAUCGCGAGGCAAGCCGGGGCCGCGGGGGUCCCAGCAGGAGGGGCCGUGGAACCAGCCGUAGCCGAGAAGGUCAAUUACUGUGAGACAGGCAGUCCAUUUUCAUGACCGCCACAGCCCUAGGGACACCUACCAUCCCCCUUUCAAAGGUACUUAAGUCUUUUGUCUUGCCCAUUCAUCCUCUGAAUGGCACACAUACACAAUCCAUUGUCUCAAGGUUAAAACAUGAGUCUUUAACCCGUCUCCUCCCGUUCAUAUACACUGAUUUCUGAAGUGGAUUUAACAGGUUUCCUCAAUAAAGGAGCACAGCGUUCAGCUAGUCUCUCAUGGAAAGAGGUGUUCUUAAUGUUCUGGAAACUGUUAAAUCGCCUCUUUGUUUUGCGAGUGUGUUGACAAAU